AGCUGCAGUCGCCACUCCGCUACGCCGCUGCGGUGAAGGCCCACUCGCCAGUCGACUUUGCACUUGCCCUUGUUCUUCCAAAAUACAUAGAGCUGCCGCCGUUGAACUUGCCCUUGCCAUUUAGCAGCACGCCGCUGACGCGCUCCGCCUCCGCUAGCCUUCCCUCAGCUGCCAUCGCCCUUCGACCGAUAUAAGCUUUGUCAGAUUGUUGUGGUAGAGUGGGAGCAUAAAACCUUUCCUUCUUCUCUCCUCUCACUAUAAACUCAGUUGGGUUCUCAUGGCGACGGCUUCACAUGCUCAGGCGGUCAAGUCUCUCAACAAAUCUCCCGGCCGUCGUCGCUUUGUUUUCAAGAGAUUCUCUCAGAAACUAGAAGAGAUUGACAUCGAUGUCUAUCGAAGCCUUGACAAAAUUAAAUCAGAGCCAUCAGAGGGUUCUUCCUUCUUCCGGGACUGUCUCAUAGAAUGGAGGGAGUUGAAUACUGCAGAGGACUUUAUUUCAUUUUAUGAGGAAAUUAUGCCAUUUGUACAGACAUUACCCCUGGUGCUGUUGCAUAAGGAAUCGGUUAUAUCGAAACUUCUUUUUAGAUUGCAAAUGAAUGCAAGACUCUCAAUUGAUCCUGUUCUAAGGUUGAUUGCAGCUUUAUCAAGAGAUCUUCAGGAGGAUUUUCUUUGCUUUUUGCCAAGGAUUGUCGACUCUUUGGUGUCUCUCCUUAAUUCUGGUGCUGAUAGGGAGCCAGAGAUCAUUGAGCAGAUUUUUACAUCAUGGUCAUAUAUAAUGAUGUAUCUGCAAAAAUAUCUUGCCAGGGACAUUAUUAACUUGCUCAGUGUUACGUUGAAUCUAAGAUACUACCCAAGAGACUAUGUUCAAGAAUACAUGGCACAAGCAUUGUCAUUUUUGCUAAGAAGAGUGUCAAAGGAGCAGCUUGAAAAAGGCGUUAGAAAGCUCAUGUUUGAAGUCGUGGAGGAACCAUUACUUCCCAGGAAAUCCGGAGUGGGUGCAUUGCUUUGUUAUGCUAUGAAAGGAACAUCAUCAAGGUUUCAUUCAAAAGCUGAUCGAAUAGUGAACUUGUUGACCGAUGAUUCAAUAUUUUCCGUGGGAGAUAAUUUGGUCAAAGGUUUAGAUGCUGUUGUUGAAGUAGUGAUCGUAGCUUUUCAACGAUUAUGUGAGGAACUAGAACCUGAGGAGUUAAAUUGGAUGUGGGAAUUCGUUUGCCGGCGAAUAAAUGACUGUGUAACUACUGGGCGAUUGUUGCAUCUAUGCCGCUUGUUAUUACUGCUUAUUUCUACCAUACAGUUUAAUGAAGGGCGUAGCGUUUUUGAUUACCAUCCAAUACUUAAAUGUGUGGGUUUACUUGUGCAAACUUAUAUCAUGCCUUCUGAAUCUGGUAAUGCGACGGAAGUUCAUUCAUCAGAAGUUGUUGAUAAAGUUCUGCAAUUAAUGCUAUGCAUUCUUGAUGGGCUCUAUAGUUCCGGGGACAUGUCUUCUAUCUAUGAGUGUUCUUUGGAAUGGGCCCCUGCUUUUAAAUUACGGAACUCAAGUUUGUUGUCUUUUAUUAAGGAACUGUUACUGAAGGAUACUUGCAUUCUACAUAUGUUCAAGGUUGACAUCUUAAGCUCGAUGAAUGAUUUAAUAGAGACCUAUGGUGAGGAAGUUACAUGCUUAUUGUUGUCCUUCUGUGAGAAAAUGCAAGAGAAUCCUCAGAGCUGUAGCCUUUUCGAUGGAAUAUCAGAAGAGGGGUUUUCAAGAGUUUGCAGCUUCCUGCAAGGUGCUAUUUACUCUUGGAUUCAAGUAGUAAAUAGUAUUAAGGAUGGGAAUUGGUCAUCAACUUUUAUUGAAGAGCCCAAGUUAGCUCUGCUCUGGGGAAGUAUACGUUGCUAUUCUUACAUAUCAAAUGCUCAAGUUACUCCUUCUGUGCUGAUGGAUCUGGUAGAUGCUCUUGAUCAACUAUUGAAAAUUGAUGGUGAAAACAUUGCAGGUGCUUCUAGAAAUAUUUGGACCAGCCUAAUUGCUGCUGCUUUAAGUUCCUAUUACAAGGGGAAUUUUUAUAAGCAAUCUGGUCUUGAGGAAACAAGAAAGGCUUUGCGUCUUGCAAAAUCAUAUAAUUUAUCUUCUCAAGUAUUAUCUGCAGUUGCUGAUUAUUUGGAUCAUACUAGUGGGCAUACGCUGCAAUCAGACACCACCCUUGGGAUAUCUCAUCCUGAGCUUCAAGCUGAGAAGGUUGUUGAUGCAGUAGGCAUAUUUGCUGGUAAUUUAUGCAAAUCGGACAAGGGGAUUCGAGUUACAACUAUCAGAAUUUUGUGUCAUUAUGAACCUCUGAAAUGUGAACCCAUCAAGGACGAGCAAGCUGAUACAAAAGUGAAAAAUGAUGCUUCUCAGAUUAGUCAUCUGGAUAUUAACAACAAUAAUGUUCUGCGGCUCCUCCUCUCAAUUGAGGAAACUCCUAUUUCAAUCUCUACAAGCAGGACAGUUACCCUAUUGAUAUCUAAAAUUCAGAUGGCCCUCUCUACUGGCAGGGUAUCUAAGACUUAUAUACCCCUCGUUUUAAAUGGCUUAAUUGGCAUCUUCCACAACCGUUUCAAUUAUUUAUGGAACCCAGCAUCUGAAUGCCUUGCAGUUCUUAUUGGCAAGCAUUCUGAUCUUGUAUGGGAUAAUUUUGUCGGUUAUGUUGAAUAUUGCCAAUCCACGUUUCAAACACUUGGUAAUCAACAAGCCAGAGGCAACGACAAAAUAUCUGAUGAAUCUAGUGAUCUGGUACAGCACUUUCAUUUGUUUGUUGAUCCUGCAUCUGAUAGCACACCAUGCAACACGGUUUUGUCCUUGUUGCUCCAGACUUCUCAGAAAAUUUCUUCCAUUGUUGAAUCUCGCUCUCGACAAAUCGUACCUCUUUUCUUAAAGUUUUUGGGCUACAAAAGUGACGCUAUGCUAAGUGUGGGAUCGUUCAAUGCCAGUACUUGUAAAGGCAAAGAGUGGAAGGAUGUCCUUAAAGAAUGGUUGAAUCUGUUAAGACAAAUGCGAAACCUAAAGUCCUCCUAUUGUAGUCAUCUUCUAAAAGAUGUGCUGCAUGUUAGGCUUUUGGAUGAAAAUGAUGCUGAAAUACAGAUGAAGGUUCUUGACUGCCUGUUGAUGUGGAAAGAUGAUUUCUUGCUCCCAUAUGAUCAGCAUCUGAAAAAUUUGAUCUGUUCAAAACAAUUCAGAGAAGAAUUAACAACAUGGAGUUUAGACAGAGAAUCGUCCCUCAUUGAAGAAGUCCACAGAGUUUAUCUUGUACCUCAUGUCAUCCGUAUUCUGAUGCCAAAAGUGCGAAAAUUGAAGACUAUUGCCUCUCGAAAGCGAAUGAGCAUGCACCACCGAAAGGCAGUUCUUGGUUUCAUAGCUCAACUUGAUGUGGAUGAGAUCCCUCUUUUCUUUGCAAUGCUCAUGAAGCCCUUGCACAUUAUUCCAAAUGAGACUGAUGGUACUACUAAUUUGUUUUGGACCUCUUUCAACACUGGUACGGAUGAGUUACGUUUAUCAAAUUGCUUGAAGUAUUUCACCAGAGAAAAUAUACUUGCCCUGUCUUGGAAGAAGAAAUAUGCUUUGCUGCAUGUGAUUGAAGAUAUUCUAGUUGUUUUUGACGAAUUGCACAUCAGUCCUUUUCUUGAGUUUUUAAUGGGGUGUGUGGUUCGGAUAUUGGAAAGCUGCUCCUCAAGCAUUGACGCUGCAAAGGCUCUUGGGUCUUCUUCUCAUGUAGACAAUAAUUCAAGCAUCAACCUAACUCUACAAGAGGAGGAAAAAACAGUGUCCAAUCAUGUCCAGAACCACGCAACCCUGAAGCAGCUAAAGGACAUGCGAUCUUUGAGCCUAAAAAUUGUUUCCUCUGUUCUCAACAAGUAUGAACAUCAUGAUUUUGGUUGUGAUUUCUGGGACCUAUUCUUUACAUCGAUAAAACCUUUAAUUGAUGGUUUCAAGCAGGAGGGCUCUAGCAGCGAGAAACCAAGUUCACUGUUCUCGUGCUUUAUGGCCAUGAGUAGAAGCCACAAACUGGUUUUGCUGCUGUAUCGGGAUAAGAAUCUGGUUGGAAAUAUUUUUUCGAUCCUUACAGUCACGACAGCCUCGGAAGCUGUUGUAAAAUGUGUGCUUAAAUUCAUUGACAACCUCUUGAACCUAGACAGUGAGCUGGAAGACAUGGACACUUCUGUUAGAGUAAAUCUACUUUCAAACCUUGAGGCACUUACCUCUGGCUUGCAUUGUCUUUUUCACAGUGAUAGUGCUAUUAAGAGGAAAUUGGUCAAACAUCCUGGGGAGAUGGAAAUUAGAAUUUUCAAAUUGUUAUCGAAGUAUAUAAGUGGCCCAUCUCUUGCAAGAAAAUUCAUAGAUAUCUUGCUGCCAUUCUUAACAAAGAGAGUUCAAAAUUCGGGUUUCUAUCUUGAAGCUGUGCAAGCCAUUCGAGAUAUCAUACCAGUAUUAGGGAGUGAUAUCACUACAAAAAUACUUAAUGCAGUUUCACCACUCCUAGUGUCUGCUGAACUCGAUAUACGGUUGGGUAUUUGUGAUCUUCUUGAUGCUCUUGCUAAAUCCGACCCUUCUGUGGCCUUUAUGGCAAAACUCAUCCAUGAAUUGAAUGCAACCUCUCCCAUGGAAAUGGGUGGCCUCGACUAUAGUGUCAUACUCAAUGCCUAUGAAAAGAUUGGAGAUGAUUUAUUCUACACUAUCCAAGAAGAUCAAGCACUAGUCAUUUUGUCGCAUUGCGUGUAUGAUAUGUCUUCAGAAGAAAUAAUCUUAAGGAAUAGUGCUUAUAGGUCUUUGCUCUCAUUUGUUGAGUUUUCUAAGAUGAUUCUUGGCCAAGAGGAGAUUGAGAAUCGACAUGAAACACCUGAAAUGAUGAAAAUUAGUAAAGGCUGUGGGACAGGAGCUUGUGUUCAGCGCAUAGUAAGCAAGUUUCUUUUGAAGCAUGUAGCAGAUGCAAUGAGCAGGGCACGGUCUGUUAAAAAGGAAUGGAUUGAGUUAUUGCGAGAGAUGGUGUUGAAGCUUCCUGAACUGGAAAAUCUUAAUUCCUUGAAAAACUUGUGCUCAGAAGAUGCGGAACAAGAUUUUUUUAACAAUAUUGUUCACAUACAGAAGCAUAGGAGAGCAAGGGCACUGUCACGCUUCAGAAAUGUAGUCAGUAUGCAUAAUAUCUCAGAGGUUCAGGGGAUUAUCAAUAAGGUGUUUGUACCACUCUUUUUCAAUAUGUUAAUUGAUGUACAAAAUGGAAAGGGAGAAAAUAUUAGAAAUGCAUGCGUGGAGGCACUUGGUUCAAUCUCUGGUGCUAUGAACUGGAGAUCGUACUAUGCCUUAUUGACUAGAUGUUUUCGAGAGAUGGACAAGAACCCUGACAAGCAAAAGGUCUUGUUGCGUCUGAUUUGCUCUGUUUUGGGCCAAUUUCAUUUCUCUGUUGUUGAUCCCAGUAAAAUAGUCAAAGAUAGAUUGGAGAACUUUUCAGGUGCUGAUACCAUGGUCACUGAUUCCUCAGCUCAGUUGAAAAGAAAUAGUAGCUCUCCUAUGGUCGCUGACAUACAGACAUGUCUCCAUAAAACUCUGCUUCCAAAGAUACAGAAAGUACUAAAUUCUGAUUCAGAUAAGGUCAACGUUACUAUCUUUGUAGUUGCAUUGAAAGUACUAAAGUUGCUUCCUACAGACAUAAUGGAUUCGCUGCUUCCUAAUGUUAUUCAUCGCAUUUCAAAUUAUUUAAAGAAUCGUUUGCAAAGCAUUCGAGAUGAAGCUAGGUCUGCUUUAGCUGCUUGUUUGAAGGAGCUUGGGCUGGAGUACCUGCAAUUUAUUGUUAGGGUUUUGCGAGCGACUUUGAAGAGAGGAUUUGAGCUGCAUGUAUUGGGAUACACGCUCAAUUUUAUUUUGUCACAGUUUAUUUCAGAUCCCAUUAGUGGGAAGUUGGAUUAUUGUCUAGAAGAUCUUCUCUCUGUUAUAGAGAAUGAUAUUCUUGGAGAUGUUGCUGAGGAGAAAGAGGUGGAAAAGAUUGCUUCUAGAAUGAAGGAAACUAGGAAGCAGAAGUCCUUUGAUACCUUAAAAAUGGUUGCCCAGACUGUAACGUUCAAAAUCCAUGCCGAGAAACUUCUUUCACCUGUUACAGCUCAUAUGCAGAAGUUUCGAAUACCAAAAGUGAGAGCAAAAUUGGAAAGUAUGUUAAAACACGUAGCUGCUGGUAUUGAACAUAACCCAUCUGUUAACCAGACAGAUCUUUUUAUCUUUAUAUAUGGCCUAAUUGAGGAUGGAAGUAAUGAAGAAACUGGUCAGCUUGAGAAGCUAUCUACUGGGAACACGAAAAACCAUCCCACAACAAUUGUUAAUGCGAAAGCUAAUUCCAGGCAAACCAUUAGUGCCAAAUCAGCAUGUUCACAUCUUAUUACGGUGUUUGCUCUAGGGAUGCUGCGCAACCGCAUAAAGAACAUAAAGUCUGACAAAAAUGGUGAACUGUUGUCAAUGUUGGAUCCUUUUGUCAAGCUGCUAGGCAUUUGCUUGAGCUCUAAGUAUGAAGAUGUUUUAUCAGCAUCCCUUAGGUGCCUAACUCCAUUGAUAAGGUUGCCAUUACCAUCCCUUGAAUCUCAAGCUGAUAAAAUAAAGAUGACACUGUUGGAUAUCGCUCAAAGUUCUGUCAGUUCUAGCAGUCCUCUAACGGAAUCUUGCCUACGCUUGUUAACUGUGCUCCUGCGUUGCACCAAAAUUACACUUUCCUCGGAUCAAUUACAUCUAUUAAUUCAGUUUCCCUUGUUUGUCGAUCUUGAAAAGAAUCCUUCUUUUGUUGCCCUUUCUCUUCUUAAGGCAAUUGUCAGCCGCAAGCUAGUUGUUCAUGAGAUAUAUGACAUUGUAAUUCAAGUUGCGGAAUUGAUGGUGACGAGUCAGGUGGAAUCAAUUCGGAAGAAAUGCAGUCAGAUAUUAUUGCAGUUCUUACUCGAUUAUCAUCUCUCAGAAAAGCGUUUGCAACAACACUUGGAUUUUCUACUUGCCAAUUUAAGGUAUGAACAUUCUACUGGAAGAGAAGCUGUGCUUGAAAUGCUCCAUGCAAUAAUAAUGAAAUUUCCAAAAAGCAUAUUGGAUGAGCAAUCACAGACAGUUUUUGUUCAUUUGGUGGUUUCCUUGGCAAAUGAUACUGAUAAUAAAGUUCGCUCCAUGACUGGCACGGUUAUAAAGCAUCUCAUAGGCCGUAUAGAACCGCAUUCACUUCUUUCCAUCCUCCAGUACAGUUUAUCGUGGUAUUUGGGAGAAAAGCAGCAGCUGUGGAGUACUGGUGCACAGGUCUUGGGGCUACUGGUUGAAGUAAUGGAUGAUAGCUUCCAGGUUCAUAUAAAUAGUGUAUUGCCAGUGAUUAGACGCAUUUUGCAGUCUGCUAUGAAUGCUGUUGCCAACAGACAGUUGGAUCUUUCUGAUGAAAAUAAUGUUCAUUUCUGGAAAGAGGCAUAUUAUUCCCUAGUUUUGCUGGAGAAGCUGCUACAUCACUUGCAUAACCUAAGUUUCGAAAAGGAUCUUGAGGAUAUAUGGGAGGCUGUCUGUGAGUUCCUGUUGCACCCGCAUGCAUGGCUGCGUAACAUAUCAAGCCGCCUUGUAGCCUUGUAUUUUGCCUCUGCAACUCAGGCUGGCAGAGAAAAUCAUGAAAAGUCAUUGGGAAGUUAUUUUCUUAUGAGACCUAGUAGACUUUUUAUGAUUGCUGUUUCUCUUUGCUGCCAGCUGAAGACACUUCCUUCAGAUGAUUCUGCUGGCAAUCUGAUUACACAAAAUAUUGUUUUUGCAACUUGUGCUGUGCAUGCUUUGAUGGGACAAGUGGAAUGUGCACACCCUCAUAAGUUCUGGUCUAAUCUGGAGCAGCAUGAACAAGGCCAAUUUCUUAAAGCUUUUCAGUUGCUCGACUCCAGAAAAGAGAGAGGCCUCCUUUUGUCUCUUGCCUCUGGUGCAUGUUACCAGAGAGAGGGGGUCGACUUUGAGAAUCUUCGUCAUUUACUUGUUUCUUGUUUGCUUAAAACUAUGGGAGCCAUUUCACUUAAUAUGGAGGCUGCUCAGAUGAGGAUAGUCUUCAAUACUUUCCAAAGAAUUUCUUCCCAGAUCAGUCAAGACGACUGCCAGCAAUAUGCAUUUCAACUUCUGCUGCCCUUGUAUAAAGUUUGCGAGGGAUAUUCUGGGAAAGUCAUUCCUGAUGAUUUGAAACAAUUAGCAGAAGAAGUUUGCAGAAGCAUACGAGAUAGUUUGGGGAUCCAGAAUUUUGUCCAUGUUUACAACGAGAUCAGAAGAAAUCUCAAGGCGAAGAGGGAUAAGAGAAGACAAGAAGACAAGGUCAUGGCUGUAGUGAAUCCAACGCGGAAUGCCAAGAGGAAGCUGAGGAUUUCAGCGAAGCAUCGCGACCACAAGAGAAGGAAGAUAAUGUCUAUGAAAAUGGGAAGAUGGAUGAAGUGAAAGUUGGGUUGGACUGUUAUUAUUCCUAUAUCUCCCACGUAGGAAGGAGGAACAGAUCAUCAUGGGGAGCCUUUUAUUUUUGUAUAGAGUUUAGGCAUGUCAGCUACUUAAUAACUUUUUAUUUUUUAUUUUUUCUAUUUAAGAGGAAAAGGAGUUGCUGUUUUUACACUUGGAAAAAUGAAAUGGUCGACUGUUUACUUUAUAGAUAGAAAAGGAAUCAGAACUGAUAGCUAUUACCACCAAGACCUAUUGCUCUUUCUAUACAUUUGGUUAGGGGUGAAUGAAAAGAUCAUUCACUUGAUUGGUUCCAUUUUUUAUGUGCAAAUUUAGCAUUCUCACAUGGUCUUUUGACAUUGAUAAAUGAAAAUUUACCUUUAAUUAUAUUGAUCA